UUUGCCAUCGUCCCUCAUAUCUAGCUCCCUGUCUUUUCACCAGAUUCUCCUUCAGCUUAUCUCUCGUCUCUCUCGUCUCUCUCGGCACGAUCAGAUCUCAUAAACUAAAUCGGAUCGAAUCCACAACAUGACUCUUGGCUCUGGAGGAUCGAGUGUUGUUGUUCCGAGGAAUUUCCGGUUGCUAGAGGAGCUUGAACGUGGGGAGAAAGGGAUAGGAGAUGGAACUGUGAGCUAUGGAAUGGAUGAUGGAGAUGACAUUUACAUGCGCUCUUGGACUGGCACUAUCAUCGCUCCUCAUAACACUGUUCAUGAAGGUAGGAUCUAUCAGUUGAAGCUCUUCUGUGACAAAGAUUACCCGGAAAAACCUCCCACUGUCCGUUUCCAUUCACGUAUCAACAUGGCUUGCGUCAACAAUGAAACAGGAGUGGUGGAACCUAAGAAGUUUGGGCUUCUUGCGAACUGGCAAAGGGACUACACAAUGGAGACUAUACUGACACAGCUGAAGAAGGAGAUGUCUACAUCGCAUAACCGUAAGCUUGUUCAACCUCCAGAAGGCACUUGCUUCUAGUAGUGAAAAUCUUUGCCCCUUCUAAUACUAAAGUAUGUAUCUGGGGGUACUCCAUUGUCGUUCUCAAGCUUUUUUUUCUAAAUUUGUGAUAAAAAAAAUUCGUCUAUGUGGAUGGUGAUGAUGAUGAUGAUGUUCGAUUGAUCAUCUGAAGUUUAUCCUUGUGUGCAAAUUAUCCAAAAAAACAUUGUCUUCCCCGAUUCAUGUGUUCAAUCUUUUGAAGUA